CCGCCGCUUUCGUCCUCGCCAGACGACGAGGGCAACAGGUCGCCGUCGUCGCGCUCGUCGUCGCUCUCUCCCAUCACCGUGGAUCGCGCCAAGAAGGAGUACCCGGUGGAUCCGACGCUGCCGGACAUCAAGAGCAGCGUCUAUGCCUCGGACGAGUUCCGCAUGUUUGCUUUCAAGGUGCGUCCGUGCUCCCGUGCUUACUCGCAUGACUGGACCGAGUGCCCCUUCGUGCACCCCGGCGAAAACGCGCGCCGCCGUGACCCCCGCAAGCACCCCUACACUGCGGUGCCUUGCCCCAACUUCCGGCGCCCUGGUGGCUGCCCCAGUGGCGAUAACUGUGAGUUCUCCCAUGGCGUGUUCGAGAGCUGGCUGCACCCGACACAGUACCGCACCAGGCUCUGCAAGGAGGGAGCUGCUUGCGCCCGCCGCAUCUGCUUCUUCGCACACGAUGAAGAUGAGCUCCGCCAUGUGCCUCACAACAGUGGUGCGGGUCUGCUAUCACCCCGUGCAACUUCAUCAAUUGACAUGACUGCCGCUGCUGCACUUGGGCUUCUUCCUGGGUCUCCCAGGCACUUUGUGCCGCCUCCUGGAUCACCAUCUGCCGUGAACAAUGGCGGAGCUGCUUCUGCGCAUUGGCUUCAAGGUAGCAGGCUGCGUUCUUCUUUCAAUGCAAGAGACGCAACCGUUGAAGACCUUGGCUUGCUCCUCGAUUGGGAGUCACAGUACCUUGGGGCACUCUGCCUCCCUCCCAGCAGCCGUCCGCAGCCCCGGCUUUCUACCGGCCUUAGCAUCAGGCCUACAGCAAUUGCCCCCACCAGUCUUGAAGAUAUGUAUGCUUCAGAGAUGGCAAUGUCACCGAGGUUCACCAAUGAUCAAGGUCACUCAGCCUACUCACCAGCCCACAAAUCAGCCAUCCUUAACAAGCUUCAUCAGCAGAAGGGUCUCCUCUCGCCUGUCAACACCAACAGAAUGUACUCACCAAGGGCUCUUGACCCGGCAGCGCUUGUCCAUUCUCCAAUUGGCGGCAUGUCUCCUCGAUCCCCUCGGCUCAUGGAGCCAACAUCGCCCAUGAGUGCCCGUUUCGGAGCCACUGUCCCACAGCGUGAGAUGUAUGAGCAGUUCUCUAACCUGAACAAGCACCAGCUACCAUCCGUGGGUUCGCCGCGGAAUUCUAAUGCUGCUUCAUGGGGCAACGUGGGUUCUUCCCCAAUGGGUAAGGUUGACUGGGGUGUUGAUGGUGAGGAGCUGGAUCGGUUGAGAUGCCCUGAUCAACCAGGGUUUGCAGAGAAGGAGCCAGAUGCGCCAUGGGGGCGGUCACUGAACAGCAACAGGGGUGAAAUGCAGCUGGGCAUGUCGGGAGGCAUGGCUUCUGGAUCGGCAAACAGGCCUGACUGGAACAACCAGGCUGAUUUAUUGGAUCAGAUGGCCAUUGGUGCUUGGCUUGAGCAGCUGCAGACGGAUCAGAAGUGACUGAAAGAGGCGGCCAAGUCCCCAGUUGAUGAAACCAUCAUUUUGCAAGGUGGUUAUUUACCAAAGAAUAGUUGCUGGUCCUAGUAAAUAAUAAUUAUUCAUUUUUAUUCUUGAAUUUUUGGUGGCAAAGUCAGAGAUGGUGUUGAAACAAACAAAGCAUCCGGUCACAGAUUGGUAGCUGAAAGCAGUUAAGGAUAUUCAGUAAACAACCUCUUCAGUGUCCUAACUAGUAUUCUUUUGGUUAGUUCAGGCGGGUCUUGAAUACAAGAUUCCUCCAAAGAGACUAGAAUUGUCAAUUCUUGAUCAAAAUGAAUGAUUAUUUUGUGAUAACAUUGUC